GUAACUGUUUAAAGUUUAAAAUGGCUGCGCCCAUGGUGUAAAUUUCUGAUUACGAAACACGUGAAAAUAUUUGUUACUUUGCUGAUAUCUGGUGAUUUUGAGAUGGGCAAGAAAAAGCAGGGAGCAGCUCUUGGUAAAUCUAUCAUUCGAGAUAGGUUCGGAAAAAAAGACCGUAAAUCUGGGGACACCUUUUUACACACAGCAGACUUACAAGAUGGAUAUGACUGGGGGCGCCUGAACCUUCAGUCGGUCACAGAACAGAACAAUCUAGAUGACUUUCUGGCUACAGCUGAGUUGGCAGGCACUGAGUUCACAGCAGAAAAACUGAAUGUAAAGUUCAUAUCUCAAGAGACUGGUUCCCUGCCUCAUGCAGAGGAACUGAAGACAAUUAAAGGGCUUCAUAAACAACAUGAAGAGCUGCUGAGAAUUCCAAGAAGACCACCAUGGAAUGCACGCAUGUCAGUGUCAGAAGUAGAUCAGAAUGAGAAAGUCGCCUUUCUUGAUUGGAGAAGGUCAUUGGCAAGUGUGCAAGAGGAUGAAAGAAUUGUCAUGACACCAUAUGAGAAAAACCUUGACUUUUGGAGGCAACUCUGGCGAGUUAUAGAGAGGAGUGAUAUAGUGGUGCAGAUUGUUGAUGCAAGAAACCCGUUACUGUUCUACUGUCCGGACCUCGAGGCCUACGUGAAGGAAGUAGAUAAGAGCAAGAUAUGUAUGGUUCUAAUAAACAAGGCAGACUUUCUUGGUAAACAGCAGAGAGAGAUUUGGGCAGACUAUUUCACCAAGAGGGGUAUCAGGGUAGUGUUCUGGUCGGCUGUAGAGGAAACUGCAAGACAAGAACAGGUUGCCAAAAGUGAAAAAGAGGCUGAAAAUGGAGGUGAUCUUGACAGUGAGGAAGAAGUUGAUAAUGAGGAUGAAGGGGAAAAAAGUGAUAGUAAUGAUGUAGAUAAUGAUGAUGAUUUUAAGGAUGAUGAUAAAUCUGUUGAUGACAAGGUAAAAGUUGCGGAAAAUUUGGCUGAAACUGCCAGAAUAGAAAAGAGAAUUGAUGACAUUGCUGCAAGAAGUGAUGAUUGUAAAGAUAUUCUUGCAGCUGAUGUUAGAAAUAAACUGGAAAGAAACACCGAGUAUGAUGUAGAUGAUAUUAGAGAUGAGAAUGAGGAAAAUUUUGAUACAGCUGCAAAUUUAGGAAGUGGACAUAAUGAAAAAGAUUUCGAAAAUGUUACUGUUGACACUGCUGAUCAAUCAGAAUCUGUUACAUGUACCUGUGAUAAAUUGGACAAAGCUGGUUCUGACAGUAUAACAAAUGAACCAGAUGGACAUGUUUGUAGUGUGUAUAGAGAACUGAUGAAGCCGAUGGAAAUAAAGAAUACGUCACUGAUUUAUACUGGGCCAGAGUUACUGGAACUGUUUAAAAGUAUUCACUUGACAAAAAAAGUUCAUGAAGGACUUACAACAGUUGGUAUGGUGGGCUACCCUAACGUAGGGAAAAGUUCAACCAUCAAUGCCAUACUGAAGAUGAAGAAAGUUCCUGUAUCAGCAACGCCGGGACGUACCAAACAUUUCCAGACCCUGUAUGUUGAUCCUACACUGAUGUUAUGCGAUUGUCCAGGCCUAGUGUUCCCCUCGUUUGUGACAACUAAAGCUGACCUGGUCCUGGGUGGAAUAUUGCCUAUAGACCAGAUGAGAGACUAUAUCUCUCCUACAGCUCUUUUAUGUCAGAAGAUUCCACGUUGGUUACUGGAGAAAACCUAUGGAAUCAAUUUGCCAAAGCCAGUGGAAGGUGAAGAUCCACACAGGCCCCCUACAGCACAUGAGUUACUCAAUACAUAUGGAGCAAUGAGAGGAUUCAUGACAAAUCGUGGUCUCCCUGAUGGGCCAAGAUCCUCAAGAUACCUGCUGAAAGAUUAUGUCAAUGGAAAGUUAUUACAUUGUCAACCACCAGCAGAGAUGGAUCCUGUUGAAUUCAAUGGUUACUCCCAGGAACCAGAUGGUACAUCUGCUACGGGGGGUCUCAGUUUAGGGAACCAAGAUGGACGGCCGAUACUGGUUCCUAGUAAAGUGGAUGCAGAGUUCUUUAGAAAGGAGUUUUCCACAGUACACACACGCACAGCGCGUGGUGAGAAGGGAGCACCAACAGGGUCCGAUACUGCAGGAAGUAGCCAGUCUUCUGAGAUGUCACUUAACGAAAAACCAUGGAAGAGACAUAAUAAUAGAAAUAAGAAAGAAAAACUCAGACGAGUUUAUGGCCACCUUGAUAAGUAGUGUGUUAACAAUGGAAAGAAUAUGUAAUAAAUAUUGACAGACAAAAGGAUGAACUUUGUGAACACCAUUAAAGAAACAUAAGAAAAAAGAAGAAAAACACGUUUUAGAUGCCUGAGAAAUAACCAAUUUGGGAUAAAAAGGAUUCAUAAGUAUAUAUUUACAUUCGCCCUAUUCCUUUCCAUUGAAAAUUAUGACAUUCAUUUUGUAUGAACAGCAACAGGAAAGGCACCAAAGUGAUGUCAGUGAUGCUUAGCGACAAUGGGCCGCUGUUUUAAUGACGUGUACAUAUAUACAAGUCGGGGAGAAGCUGAUUUUAAUGUUAAAUAUAAGAAAAUGUGUGCAAUUUAUAAUAUGAUCUUGUUUACAGAUGGAAGGAUCUUUAAUGUAAAUAUAACAGAUGAAACUGUUUUAGGUGUUCAUGCGUGCGAUUCAUGUUAAAUUUGCCGAUUCUUUUCUGCAGUUCAUUUCGCAUGAACACCGAAAAAAAAAAUUUCAUUUCUUAAAUGACAGAGAGAAAGUGUAUUUAGUUGUACCACCAUGAAAUAAUAAAACAGAAAUAAGAAGUGAAACUGAGGCAUAUAUAUUAUUCAUAUCUGUAUAAACAUGAUGUUAGCCACGAAAAGGACACAGACAAUAUGAUAAAACAUUCUGUUGUCUUUAAAAUUUGGUACGUGUAUCUAUGUUGCUUGGUUGUGGUUGAAUUUGCGGUAAUUUAAAAGAUAUGGAUACAUAUUUUAAAGGUGUUGAGCAUUUGGGAUUAAUAUAGAAUCUGUGACAAGAUGUUACAGAUGCUUUAAUAGCUAUUAAAGUUUAUGAUCCUACCACGAGUAAGAAAUAACACAUUGUUGAUACAGAUUUAAAGUAUAAUAAAUUGUAAAGUAACUAA